GCAAGAUGAAAUGAUGAAUAAAAACAAUACAACUGAAAAUGUUUUUGGUGAUAUUCAAGACGACAAGGUGUUGGAGGAGAGGAAUGAGUAUGCGGGGAACAAAUUUGAUGAUGAUGUGUUUGAUGUAAAUGAUUAUAGUGAAGUUAAAGAGGAGUGGGAGGAGAGGAAUGACAAUGCGGGGAACAAAUUUGAUGAUGAUGUGCCGGACGAAGACGAACUAAUAAUAACGGGAAUUAUAGAUUAUUUUGAUGAUGAUGAUGGCAAAGAAGUUACACCCGAUAAACCGAGGACUCGAAAACCAUCACAAUAUUUGUGCCCUCCUUACACCGAGUUGCACACGACACCGAAGCAAAAAAGAAGAACAAAAAAUAAGGUUGAUAUCAAAUCAACAAGCCCCGUUCCUCCUCCAGUUUUUGGUGUUGCUCAUGACUUCUCCAUGUUGCGCCUGCAACCUUACGUAGCAGGCGGUGAGGUUGUCAUCCAAAAUUAUAUAUUUCAUUCAUAUGAUGUCCAGCAUCGUUUGUUUAAUUUCGUGUUAGAUAGAGAUUUUUAGAGCUCAUUGUUUGGGCAUACACA